AUGGUGGUAAAUGUGCCGAACCCACGGUCAACGAACUCCCAGAUUCUCAUGCGAAAGCUAUACCUCGUUGCGCUUUGCGUCAUAGCACCCGAGAUCAUCUUUCAGGCGGUCCUAGGACAAUGGCUCUCAUCGCAUCGUUCAGUCAAGCUCUUUUGUGAGGCUGGCCACCCGGAUUGGAACAUGAGGCAUGGCUUCUACGCAGACAUGGGCGGCUUUCAUUUGCAAUGCCCUGAUUGGAAGUCAUUUCCAGUCGAUGCGAAACAGCUUCACUAUCUUGUCGUGCACAAGUAUGUGGAGUAUCCCCAGCUGCAGGACAGCCACAUCCAGGACAAGAACAAAGUUGACGGGAUGCUUCGGUUGAUCACAUUCAUCCAGGCGCUGUGGUUCAUCGCCAAUGUCAUUGGUCGUGCAUCUCAAGGCCUUGCAAUCACUGUCCUUGAGCUUAGCACUUCGGCCUUCGUCAUUUUCAGCGUUGCUACCGCUAUAUGCUGGAUGCGGAAGCCUGCAGAUGUGCAGCAACCUGACUAUAUUAUUACAGACAAGAAGAUCACAGAGAUAUUGCUAGAAGCUGGAGAGCCGGCCGCAGGUGUGUAUUACAACACACCACUUGAUUUCGUGAGUCGGAGGGAAUGGUGGUGGACGAUCUUAUGGGCACACGGAUUAAAUUACCUUCGGAAGUUGCACAUCGCGGCACCUCCAAGGAAAAGGCCGAUUGGUCGGUUCGAAAACACCGUUUUCCCUUGUAUUGGGACACUGCCAUACCUGCUCUUCGUCGUCUUAAGUUUGGAUUACCUUGGUGUCUUUGUUGCGGGGUGGAAUUUCCGCUUUGCGACACGAAGAGAGAGCGUGCUCUGGCGCGCAGCUACACUUACCGCUCUGUCGAGCGCGCUUGGAGUGGCCAUUUUCGUGGCUAGCUGCUUUCACUGGCACUCUGUGUUGCGACGCAAGCUCAGAUCGAGAAGUACUUCGUUUGAAGAGGCCGGAAAGGAGCAACCGAGCAUAACGUCUGGGCCGGCCGCCAUCAGGAAGGGCCGAAGUAGAAUCAGCACCAUCGCAGCGUACCUGAAGAACAACUCCGUUCUCAAGGAUCCGGCCUUGGACGCCCCGGUAGAAGCCAUCCUCGUCACGUGGUUUCUUGGGUUCUUCUACAUCUCUGCACGCGCGUACAUUAUUGUUGCUGACUUCUGGGCCCUCCGUUCCCUGCCACGCUCUGCAUAUCAAGAUGUCAGCUGGUCGGCAAUCUGGCCCCAUAUCUGA